GAGAAGGCGCCGCGCACUGAAGAUGGCGGCGGCGRGUCCGGCCUCGGGCCCCGGGCGGGUCCCGGCUCGUCCCCGGCCCGGCCUCGCUCGGUUCCGGGGCUGCUUGGCCGGGGCGUUGUUGGGGGAUUGUCUUGGAGCUGUUUUCGAAGGCAGGAGCGUCGUGAAGCUGCCGGAGCUGCUGAGUUUCCUCAAAGGGCUGGAACCKGCGCCGCCUGAGGAGGGAGGGGAGGCGGCGGGCAGCGCACGUGGAGAGUCGCUGCCGUACACGGAUGACACGGCCAUGAGCAGGUCGGUGGUGCAGUCUCUGCUGGCCAAGCGGGAGUUUGAUGAGGUCGACAUGGCCAAGAGGUUUGCCGAGGAGUACAAGAAGGAGCCCAACAGGGGUUAUGGGAUGGCCGUGGUCAAUGUCUUCAAGAAGCUUUUGAGCCCCAAGUGCAACGAUGUGUUUGAGCCCGCGAGAGCGCAGUUCAACGGGAAGGGCUCCUACGGGAAUGGCGGGGCCAUGAGGGUGGCYGGCAUCCCCCUCGUCUACUCCGACAUCCAGGAUGUCAAAAAGUUUGCGAAGCUGAGCGCAGAGCUGACCCACGCCAACUCUCUGGGCUACAACGGGGCCAUCCUCCAGGCCCUGGCCGUGCACCUGGCACUGCAGGAGGGGCUCAGCAGGGAAACCUUCCUGGAGCAGCUCAUCAGCCACAUGGAGCACGUGGAGGCAGAUGACAAGUCUCUCAGUGACGCCCGAGCGCUGGGAUUUGAGGAUUUACCAUUUUCCAGGCGUCUAAAGAAAAUCAAGGAAUUUUUGGAGUURAGCAGUGUUCCCAAAGCAGAUGUAUUGUUUGAAUUGGGCAACGGCAUCGCCGCGCUGCGCUCCGUCCCCACUGCCAUUUACUCCUUCCUGCGCUGCAUGGACGCUGAUCCUGACAUUCCUGACCACUACAACGCCCUGCAGAGAACCAUCAUCUACUGCAUCUCCCUGGGGGGGGACACGGACACCAUCGCCACCAUGGCAGGGGCCAUCGCCGGGGCCUAUUACGGGGAGGAGCAGGUGCCCCCGAGCUGGGAGCAGAGCUGUGAGGCUUUCCAGGAGACCCAGAGGAUGGCCAAGAGCCUCUAUGAACUCUACUGCCAGCGGCUCUGAGCUCUGGGGCAGCUCCAGGGCUUUCCUGAAGGUGAAGGGAUGGUCACUUCUGCUUCACUGGUUAGACCUGGGGUGGAUCUGUGCCAUCAGCCUACACCAGUGAGCCUCACCUGGGAAGGGUGCCUGCUGCUGUCAGCUGGGAGCACGAGCCAGCUUGGGACAGAGGGGACAUCCCCUUCAGUCUCAGAUCAGCUGGGAAGCUUGGACAGUGGGUGCAGCUUCCCUGAGUGUACAGGAGUGUCUCAUUUUCCAUGGGAUUUCUGCUGCUUGCUUUGUCCACCGUUGUGCCAUUUGUCAUUGCAGUUAUUGGUGGGUGUCUGAAUCCAUGGACUUUCUCCCUGUUUUCCUCUGCUCCUGUGUCCGUGGGUUGUUUUGGUGAUCAGUGGCUUGCCCAGUGGCUUUGGGAGGCUCCACACCCCGCAUAAAGCAGCAGGUGACUCUCAGCUGGCCAGCUAGGGGACAUCACAGGAGUCACCAGUGAGGCCUGGUGGCCCAGGUUGUCACCUCUGUGGUGUUAGGACAGCAGAGCACAGACUUCCUGGGGAAGUUUUUGCCCUAAAGGCAAAAUGAGAAUGGCCAGUGAAGGGAGAAGAGAGUUCUUUGCAUUGCUGRUGGCUCUGUGAGAGACCUUUGUUGCCUGCAGAUGGUCCCAGGCAACUAAUUGCUGCUCCUCCUGUGUCCUUGGCCCUGUCAUCCACGAGGUGCCCCCUUGCACAGCUGCUGUCACACUGCUGCAGCCACUCUGGCUGCUUCUGUGUUCCUAAUCCAUGCAUCCUGUAUUUUGAAGUCCUGURUAUGCCCAGAGCACCAAGUGAGAUUCCUGCUUAAAUCACAGAAUGCCCUGAGUUGAAAGGAGCCCACAAGGAUCAUGAGAGUCCARCUCCCGUGGAGUGCAAAUCCAGGAGUGGAGGUAUUUUUAAAACCUGGUAGUGCACAGAGAUAGAAUUCCUGUUUCUGCUGCAAUCAGUCACAAAAGUWACUUGAGCAGGAUGCAGGAGUUA